CAACGACAAGAUAUCAUUCACAAGUUUCUCUUGACUGGUACACUAGUCAACUAAAAAUUAACUAAAAAUCGACUUGUAAUAAAGUCAAGUAUUUAAAAAAAAAAAAGAAAAGUUAAUAACAAUGAGCAGUUCGGGAAAAGGUUUAUUGGCAAUGUGGCUUUAUGGAAGAGGACAAGAAUGGGCUAUCAAAGAAGGCAGUCCAACACAUAAUAAACAAAAAGUUAAUCUUGCAAUUGAAAAUAAUUCCAAAGAAGAUAAUAAACAAUCUGUUGUAUUUUCACUGAAAAAUCAAAUUGGAAGUUUAGCUCGUGCCCUUCAAGUAUUUCAAGAUUUAGGAGUUAAUGUUGUGCAUAUUGAAUCGAGAAAAUCAGUUAGAAGUGAAUCGGAAUACGAGAUACUUGUUGAUGUUGAGUGUGAACAAAAAAUAAUGGAACAACUUAUGAAAAUGUUGAGUAGAGAAGUUGCUGCUAUUAAUUUGUCACAGUAUGAAGAGUCUAAAAGUUUUCCUCAUCCACCUUUGUUAUCUGCUGCUCCAAGUUUUGAUUACAGUGAAGUUGAUAUGCCUUGGUUUCCGAGAAAAAUAGCUGAUCUUGAUCAAGCUCAAAAUGUGUUGAUGUAUGGUGAUGAGCUAGAUGCUGAUCAUCCGGGAUUCAAAGAUCCUGUCUAUCGAAAACGUCGACAAGAGUUUACUGAUAUUGCCAAUAAUUACAGACAUGGACAAUCAAUUCCCAAGAUACAGUAUACUCCACAAGAAACUAAAACUUGGGCAACUGUCUUUCGUGAGCUUCAUCAACUUUAUUUGAAACAUGCAUGCAAAGAAUAUUUAGAAAAUUGGCCAAAACUUGUCAAAUAUUGUGGCUACAGGGAGGAUAAUAUUCCACAGCUUCAAGAUAUAUCAGUAUUUUUAAAAAGAAUGACUGGAUUUCAAUUGCGACCAGUUGCUGGUUAUUUAUCACCUCGUGAUUUUUUAUCUGGAUUGGCAUUUCGUGUAUUUCAUUGUACUCAAUAUAUACGACAUUCUUCUGAUCCAUUUUACACACCAGAACCUGAUUGCUGUCAUGAACUUUUGGGUCACAUGCCACUUUUGGCAAAUCCAAGUUUUGCCCAAUUUUCACAAGAACUUGGUUUAGCUUCACUUGGAGCAUCUGAUGAGGAUAUUGACAAACUUGCAACUCUAUAUUUUUUUACUGUUGAAUUUGGUUUGUGCAAAGAAAAUGGUGUAAUUCGUGUUUAUGGAGCUGGUUUACUUUCAUCUGUUGCUGAACUUCGACAUGCACUGGAAUCACAUGAUAAAAUAUAUCGUUUUGAGCCAGAUGUUACUUGCAAGCAAGAAUGCAUUAUAACUGCAUUUCAAAAUGCAUAUUAUUAUACUGACAGUAUUGAAGAAGCUAAAGAAAAAAUGAGAGCAUUUGCAAAUCAAAUUCAACGUCCAUUUGGUUUACGUUACAAUCCAUAUACUCAAUCAGUUGAAGUGCUAACAGAUGCCCAGAAAAUAACAGCACUUGUCAGUGAACUACGUGGUGACUUUUGUAUUGUCUCUAAUGCAUUGAAAAAAAUUCAUGAGCAAGAUGACACGAUUGAUGUUGAAAGAAUAACAAAUUUACUCACUCAUGGUAUUGAUUUGGUUCAAGAAUCUUCUUCAGCAUCAUCCUCAUCAUCCGAGAGUGAUGAGGGUGACAAAAGUCCAAAUAUUCAUGAUGUCACAAGAAAUAUUGAAGAGGCUGCUACAAGUACUCACGAUGAAUAUCAUCCCAAUACAAGUUCAUUUGAUCGACAACGUUAAAUUAAACUUGAUGAAAUAUAAAUUAAAAAAUAUUACAAAAAUGAUGAUGAUGAUCCUAGAAAUAAUUUGAUGUAUUAAAUUAUAUUUGUUGUUUUAAUUUUUCUGUCUUACCUGUAUAAUCGAGUUUCAAAAAAAAAAAAAAAAUAUAUAUAUAUAUAUAUAAAUG